UAUCAGAUUACAUAUUUUGCUACAAGCCUGCAACUCAAAAUCAAAGGAACAAAAAUUUACUGUAACAUUAACUGCAUAAAAUAUGACUAGUGAUCAACAGACAAACUGUCAGUUUUCAGCAAACGAGGAAUUUUUAUCAGCGAAUUUUUCAAAUCUUAAUUUCUGGGACAUUAACAGUUACAAAACGUGCUUGAAAAGAAUUGAAGAUGGAGCGAAAUUGUGUGACGAUUUCAUGAAAAUGAUAAAGGAACGAACCGAUAUAGAGGCAGCGUACUGCAAUAAAUUAAAAUCUUGGUCAAAGAAAUGGGAAGAUAGCAACAAGAAGAGUCCGGAAUAUGGAAGCCUGAAAACGGCAAUGUACGGAAUAAUGUUGGAAGGCGAGCAGUUAGCUGAUGUUCACUAUGAAGUGCACGAAAAACUGUUGACUGUUAAUGAGACUGUAAAUCGGUGGAAGAAAGAUAAUUACCAUAAAACUUUGAUGAAUUUUAAAGAAGUGAAAAUAAUUGAUGAAGGAUUCAGUAAUGCACAAAAACCAUGGUCACGACGACUUGAAGAAGUGAAUAAAGCCAAGAAGAUAUACCACAGUUCCUGUCGAAAUUUUCAGAACGGUCAAAAACAGGAAAGCGAGGGAAAAGAAAAAGAGAUAAGCGAAGAUCGUGAAAAGUUGCAAGAUAAAGUAGAAAAGUUCAGCGUCGAGUUAAAUGAGAGUAAAAGAAAAUACGAAGAAGCUUUACGUGAUUUGACAGGUUACGCACCUAAAUAUCAAGAAGAUAUGAAAUAUCAAUUUAAUAAAUGCCAAGAACUUGAAGAAAUUCGCAAAAAUUUCUUUCAAACUUUAUUGCUUCACUACCACGAAGCCAUCACGCAAGAGAAUUAUAUGACAAGAAUUCCAGCCAUUUAUCAACAUCUACUUACGGCCAUCAAAAAGGCAAGUACAAGACAGGAUCUUGAGUGUUACGAGAGGAUCUACGUGACCCAAGCCAAACUUCAUAUACCAGUAUACGAGGAAUACGAUGCAAACACUGGUGUUCAAUCAUCGAACGUCGAUAACAAAGAAAGCGAUGUAAACGCGACAGUGAUGAGAAACAAGAGUCGUUUUUGCACAACUUUAUGAUUUAUGAAAACAUCGUGUGUCUUAUUAUUGAUUGAUUUACAAACUUAGCCAGCAUCACGGACGCAAAUAAAGAUUGCAGUAACUAGAGUUGCAUGAAGAAACUUUAUCCGUGCAGCUAGAAACGUCGUCAACUUUGUGACCCCCGAUUAGUAGGUUUUGUAUAGCUUCAAAACUGUGCGAAAAAGGAUGACCUUUGUUGUAUAUAUGUUAUUCACGAUGUAUUUUAGAAUUACAAACGGAAAUGAGUAUUGAGACCUGCUAUGACCUGUAAUCUUUUUUAUAAACAUGGUCUUUCUUUUGUUAUCUGUACUGGUAGAUAUCAUGUAGUAACUUUCAAAUAUUUCCAAAAUCUUCAA